UCAGUGGAAUACUCGUAGUGUAUUAGAACGUACGUCGCAAUUGCAUUUAAAUAAUAUUAUUUUAUAUAUAUUAUAUUUGUAUUAAUUCCGUCUUGCGAUCGUGUUUACGAUUUCAUAAUGAACAAUCGAUGUUUUUUAUAUUUUUUAAUUUUUGGGUCAUUUUUUAUAAGCGAUUCUUUGAGUUGUGCAGGAAACCCAAAUUUCUGCGGUUGGUUGCAGACUGGAUGGUAUAACAGACUAUCAGGCCCAGACGAAUCCUUAUUAAUUGCUUCCUUAAGGAAUGAGAACGGCUCCGUGAUUCUGUUGUCUCCUUCCUACAAUCGUGAUCUGACUGAAAGGGGUUGUUUCUCCUCCAGUUUUGAUAUCGUAAAAUUGGGAGGAUUUACAUUCCGUAUAUACCAAGUACCAGAAAAUUUGACAUAUGAGCAGUUGCUUCAGAACAACGAAACAAGAAAGGACUACAUACUUUUUGAGAUCACGACAAGGAUACAUGAAGACGAACUUUUUGAUUUCAACUCUGAUACGUUACGCUUUGACCCUGUGAUGUCACUUAAGAAAUUUGAUCAUGACUUUCAGAUCAUCAUAGAAGUGAUAAACCUCGGUGACAAGGUUCUAAAUACGAUAAUAAAAAACGUCACUAUACUACAAGAAGACCACUGCACUGCAGAUGAACUGACCCCCAACAACCCAUAUCCAGACCAAUUACAAUAUUAUAUAUACACAAGAAAUACAACAACUCCGCCGGUGACAACAACAACAGCCCAACCGAGAAAAGAAGUUAAAGAUUCCGUAACAUCAGGGAUAACAACAGAUCCACCAGCAACGUCAACCUCGUCACCAAAAACAAUAGACAUGGUCUUUCCUUCAACAAAAAUGCAAUUUCCACCAGGCCUUAACGGUCUUCAACCAAAAGUAGUCGAGUGGAUUGUCCGAGCACAUUAUUAAACGGACGGGGAGACCAAGAGCUUAGCAUCGUUUCCUUACCCUUAUCACACUUAAAUGGGGUCGUAAAAUAUGUCAAUCUUUUCCAUUCGUCUCGAAUUACUCGUCAACUCAUCAUUCGCUCCUUUUACACACAUGUCCUCUUCCACACAAUCCAACCAUCUCUUCUUUGGCCGUCAUCUCCUCUUAUGUCCUUCCACCUGCACAUUCAACAUUUUUCUAGUAAUAUGACUUUCCUCCCUACGCAUUACAUGUCCAUACCAAGCUAACCUUCUACUCCUCAAUUUUUCUGUCACUGGCGCCACCUUCAGACUUCCUCUUAUAUACUCAUUCCUUAUUUUAUCUAUUCUUGUCACACCACACAUAUCAACAUACGCAUUUCGUUCACAUGCAUUCGUUUACUAUUCGUCCCUUUCUCCGCCCAACAUUCUGAUCCAUACAGCACGACAGGUCUUACAACCGUUUUGUAUAUUUUACCCAUGGAGACCAAGAGCCUAGCACGGUACAGAAAACAAUAAAUGACGAAAAAUCGUUUAUUUUCAUUAGAAUUCACAGUUUUUAAGAGCUUUUGCAACUGUGAAUUUUAUUUUUUGUUGAAAUCGUGCAUUUUUAGUAUGUACACGACACACUUUUUUAUAUAGGCUGGGCCUAUAUAAAAAAGUAUAAGUUAGCUUAAGCACUUAAUGUUCUGUGGUUACAGAGAUAUACAGAGACUAUAUUACCCAUAUGGUACUUUUUCUGUCAUCAUCAUCUUCAUCAUCAUUAUCAGCCUAUUAUAACGGCCCACUAUAUAGCCAUUUUUAAUAUUUGAGCGGUAAUUAAAUAAUUUUAACCAAUGGCGAAUGUUAAUAUGUACGCUAAAUCACUUGCAACUUUGUCACAAUAAAGCUUUUAUACAGAUACACUAAUCAUUUUUUAUUU